GCCAACCAGAACUACUACAACUGUUCCCACUACUGGAUGAACAAUACAAUCUCUAUUGAAUUUGAUGACAGAACAAUCUGAUAACGUAAUCGUUGCAGUGCGCUGUCGCCCGCCUAAUCAGAAGGAACUAGCUGCUGGCUGUAAAUGCGUAACCAAGGUAAACGAAUUAGAAGGGAGCGUGUGGUUGAGAAAAACAACAGAAAAUUAUGAAGAGCCAAUGAAACAGUUCACUUUUGAUUUUGUUUUUGAUGAGUUCAGCAAACAGACCGACAUUUACAACAAGUUAGCCCGACCAAUUGUUAACAAGGUUAUUGAAGGAUACAAUGGUACGAUAUUUGCAUAUGGACAGACCGGAACUGGAAAGACAUUUACGAUGGAGGGGAUCCGAUCCACCCCUGAAUUACGAGGCAUCAUUCCUAAUUCCUUCGCACACAUUUUCGGAGCAAUUGCCAAGGCGGACAACAACACCAGAUUUCUUGUCCGCGUCUCCUAUCUAGAAAUUUACAAUGAAGAGGUUGGUCAAUGACCAUUUACACUUGCUUUCUGUGGAAUGUUCCUU